AAGACACGCCGAGACUUGCCGAGUGCACAAGCCGAGAUCUGCGCCCAGCAGCGGCGAGCUUCCAGCGACCAUGGCCGUGGACCUGAUGGGCUGCUACGCCCCGCGCCGCGCCGACGACCAGCUGGCCAUCCAGGAGGCGGCGACCGCCGGCCUCCGCAGCCUGGAGCUGCUGGUGUCGUCGCUCUCCUCGCAGGCCGCCGGGGCUCACAAGGCCCCGCAGCAGCAGCAGCAGCAGCAGCAGCCGUUCGGGGAGAUCGCCGACCAGGCCGUCUCGAAGUUCCGCAAGGUGAUAUCCAUCCUUGACCGCACCGGCCACGCCCGCUUCCGCCGCGGCCCGGUCGAGUCGUCUGUUUCCGCCCCCGUCGCUGCUGCCCCUCCUCCUCCACCUCCUCCCCCGGCACCGCUUGCCGCCGUCGCUCCCCUCGCGCCGACCUCCUCCCAGCCGCAGAGCCUGACGCUGGACUUCACGAAGCCGAACCUGACCAUGUCGGCCGCGACGUCCGUGACCUCCACGUCGUUCUUCUCGUCGGUGACGGCCGGCGAGGGCAGCGUGUCCAAGGGCCGGAGCCUGCUCUCCUCCGGCAAGCCGCCGCUGUCCGGCCACAAGAGGAAGCCCUGCGCCGGCGCGCACUCCGAGGCCACCGCCAACGGCAGCCGCUGCCACUGCUCCAAGAGAAGGAAGAACCGGGUGAAGAGGACGAUCCGAGUGCCGGCGAUCAGCUCGAAGAUCGCCGACAUCCCGCCGGACGAAUACUCAUGGAGGAAGUACGGCCAGAAACCCAUCAAGGGCUCCCCUUACCCACGGGGCUACUACAAGUGCAGCACCGUGCGAGGCUGCCCGGCGCGGAAGCACGUGGAGCGCGCCACCGACGACCCGGCGAUGCUGGUGGUCACCUACGAAGGCGAGCACCGCCACACGCCGGUCCCCCUGCCGCCGGCCGCCGCCGCAGCGAUGCCGGUGUCCGCCGCCGUGUCCGCCGGCAACGGACACGUCUAACCUAAUUAGCUCCAUAAUUCUUUUUCACUUCUUUUUUUUUGAGUUGCUUCUCAAUCUGAUGAUGAUGAUGAUGAUGAUGCAUGUAAAGAAAAAAAAACGACUGUAGAAAGAGGAAGAGGGGAACUUGAUGCUAGAGAAUUACCGUCCCCAGUUCGUUCUCAGAUCCCAAUUAACUUCUACCUAA